AUAAUGGACCUGCAGAAUUAUUCCUUGGUGUCAGAAUUUGUGUUGCAUGGACUCUGUACUUCACGGCAUCUCCAAAAUUUUUUCUUUAUAUUCUUCUCUGGAACCUAUGUGGCCACUGUGCUUGGUAACUUUAUCAUUGUGGUUACUGUAACUUUUGACCCCUGCUUGCACUCUUCCCCUAUGUACUUCCUCCUGGGGAAUCUAUCUUUCCUGGACAUAUGGCUGGCCUCAUUUGCCACCCCCAAGAUGAUCAAGGACUUCCUUAGUGAUCAAAAACUCAUCUCCUUUGGAGGAUGUAUGGCUCAAAUCUUCUUUUUGCAUUUUAUUGGUGGGGCUGAGAUGGUACUUCUCGUUUCCAUGGCCUAUGACAGAUAUGUGGCCAUAUGCAAACCCUUGCAUUACAUGACCAUGAUGAGCCGGCAGACUUGCCUGAGGCUGGUGUUGGUUUCGUGGGUCAUUGGAUUUGUGCACUCCACCAGUCAAGUAGCCUUUACUGUGAACUUACCUUACUGUGGCCCCAAUGAGGUGGACAGCUUCUUCUGUGACCUUCCUCUUGUGAUCAAGCUUGCCUGCAUGGACACCUAUGUCUUGGGCAUACUUAUGAUUUCAGACAGUGGGUUGCUUUCCUUGAGCUGUUUUCUGCUCCUCGUGAUCUCCUACACUGUUAUCCUCGUCACAGUCCAACACAAUGUCACUGGUGGGGUAUACAAAGCACUCUCUACUUGUUCUGCUCAUAUCAUGGUAGUCACACUCUUCUUUGGGCCCUGCAUUUUCAUUUACGUGUGGCCUUUCAGCCGGUUCUCUGUGGACAAGCUCCUCUCUGUGUUUUACACCAUUUUUACUCCACUCUUGAACCCCCUUAUCUACACAUUGAGAAAUAAAGACAUGAAAACAGCUAUGAAGAAACUGUGGAGCCGACCUGUGACUAUUCACUGA